AGCACUGCAAAGCCCGGCUUCGCAAACACACACAACGGAGGCAUCUCUCGGUGGAACCGCGAUGGCCGUGGUGCAGCUCGACACGGAGGACCAUCAACCCGAGAACGGCUUCGUGUCCCCCGAAACCACGUCGCAGGAGCUGCUGACACGCAUCGACGGCUCCGUGCUGCCGUUCCUCGGGGGUUUCGGGAAGUACCAGAAACAGCUGAUCGUGCUGACAUGGAUCCCGGCGUUAUUCAUCGGAUUCAGCCAGUACUCGAACAAUUUCCUCCUCGCCACGCCGAACAACACAUGCAUCAAGCCGUUGGCGAACCUGACUAAUUACACCGCGAGCCAUUUCUCGCUGUCAGACAGUUCCAAAAACAUCAGCGCGCGGCCGGCUCACAUUUAUAACAAUGGAAGUAACGGCGCGCACAAUGGCACGGAAGGCAUGCAGUGCCAUUGCAGCGAGUGGACAUUCGAGCUGCACACAGGACUGGCACAGAACGUGGUUACCCAGUGGAGUCUGGUGUGUGACUCAGCAUGGAAAGUCCACAUCGCCAAGUUUUCUCUCCUGGUGGGAUCCAUCUUUGGAUACCUGACGUUUGGUAUCCUCGCUGACUGGUUUGGCCGCCACCCGGUGCUGAUCAUAUCGGUGCUGUUCAUGCUGGUUUUUGGUCUAGCUGUGGCCUUCUCUGUCAACGUGCCCAUGUUCAGCACCCUGCGCUUCUUUGAGGGCUUCUGCCUGGCAGGGAUCACACUAUCUCUCUACGUCCUCAGGAUCGAGCUGUGUCUGCCAGGAUGGCGCUUUUCCAUGACCAUGGUGGCCAGUUUUGUGGUUUUGGGCGGUCAGCUGCUGAUGCCAGCGGUGGCAUACCUCUGUCGUGACUGGCAGGUACUCCAAGUUGUCAUCAUCUGCCCCUUGCUGCUGAUGCUGUCCUACAUCUGGAUCUUUCCUGAGUCACUGCGUUGGCUGCUGGCAACUCAGCAGUACUGCCGCUCCAAAUGGAUCAUGGGACACAUAGCAAAGAAAAAUCGAGUGAACAUGGAGCUCGACACCGAUAACAUCCUCACAGAACUGCAGAGAGCUCUUCAAAAGAAACCCAAGAAGACGUGCAUCGUGAAAAUGGUCGGGACGAGAAACCUGUGGAAGAAUAUUGUUGUGCUCUGCGUCAACUCGCUAACAGGCUAUGGGAUCCACCACUGCUUUGCUCGCAGCAUGAUGGACCCCGAGGCUCAGGAGACGACCAUGUUCCAUAACUUCUAUGCAGAUUAUUACACCAUGGCGGGCAUUGCGGUGGCGUCCUGCAUGGCGCUUUGCCCGGCGGUGGGCCUGAUGGGCCGGAGGGGUGGCCUUCUCAUGUUUAUGAUCGUCACUGCCCUGGCAUCGCUGCUGCAGCUGGGCCUGCUCAAUUUGCUGGGCAAGUACAGUGGCCAUCUGAAUAUAGAGAACUCAAGUACGCUGAAUAAGAACUUCUCCAUCGCCUUCUCCAUCAUCGGCAUGUUCUCCUCCCACGCAGUCAGCAACCUGAGCAUCUUCUUCUGUGCUGAGAUCACACCCACUGUGAUCAGGUAG